AUGGCGAAAGAUGGGCGCCACAUCGAGUACAACGCCCGAUAUGAAGUUAAGGGAAGUGUUGCUAUUGUUCGGGGGAAGAGGGCUGGUCUUCGCGUAGGCGAUUGGGUAUCAUGGUUUGCUGAGAGCAGAAAAGAACCAGUGGAGAAGACUAGGUGCAGAAGUACGGGGGCGGCAGUGAGCCGGCAGGCAGUGAGCAACGCUCGUCUCCAUGUAUCCUCAGCAUCGCGGCCAUCUCUGCUGCUGGCGGCCUCUUUACUUGGUUAUGCGAUGGUACUAGGUCGUUGUGACGGCCUCUCGCACAGGAGUACUGCCUCUGGGGCUGACUUGGUGAUGGUGACGGACGAUGAAAUGGAGACAACAAAGCGAAGGGACGAGGACGCUCUCGAUGAGAAAAUGUGGAGGUUCAAGCUGGCGUCUGCACCUCAGAACGGUAACGCAAUGUCUUAUCGUCCUCAAAUACUGCCACCGGUGGCGACUCUAUGCCACGCUGGGACGCACGAGGACAGCGGCGAGACAUGUUCAUAUAAGUAUACAAUGAAUCCAUAUCCGACACCCGACAUCCAACCUCUUGCCUUCUGUUCAUCCAUCUUUGAGCUUCAUCAUCUCAUGCGCAAACGACUACUCGCUCCCCUCUUUUUCUCUCAGUCUUGCCGCUUAGUAGUACUUGGGGUUCUCGGGGUCAGUGAGAUCGUAGAUGACCGACGAGUGAGGGCGGGCACCACCACGGUCGCGGGUGAAGAUGCUCUCAAAGUCGACGGUGCGGUUGAAGCUGAGGCUGCCAUCGUAGUUGAUGUCGAUCCAGUGAGCCUUGUAGUCACCGGGGGUGUUGACGAUGGAGAUGUCGCCGGCCUGGACAAAGUAGCCAGUGACGAGCAGGUUCUUCUUAUCGGGGCUGAUCUUGACAUAGUGAGGGCCGAUGAUGGGCUGGGUCUCCUCGGGGUCAUCAAGGCGCUUGACGUUGGUGAGGUCAGAAAUAUCAAGAGCAGCGACGUGGUUGCCAAGGGUGAUGGUGAAGUAGGCGAAACGGCCGUCGUCAGAAAUGUCAGAAUAGAUGGCGAGAGAGUCGACAGCCUUGGGGCGAGGGAGUAG